AAUGUUGUUUUAGUUGGGCUGUUUGGUUCCACGCGCGCACAAUCAAACUGUUGGGAUCACGUACGCACCGCUGUGACGUCAGAGGAGAGAAAGCGAGCUUCUUCCAUCUUCGCUCAACAAGCUCCGGCGCCUUGAGCUGAGCUGAGCCGAGUUGAGCCGAGCCGAGCCGGCCGGCAGGCAGCAGCCCCUGCCACACACACAACAUGCCCGCUGUCGGCGGUUCUUGGCUUAUUUAAGCUUUCAAACAUUAUCUCAUGGUUUGUUUGUUUUUCUCGUCGAGUGGACAUUGAAAAGCGACUUAAAGAGUGGAUUUGGUCCCGUGUGCUUAUGCGUACCUCCGACGGAGCCGACCCGGGGGCGCCUUCGUCCGUCCGGUGAGCCCCACUUUGGACUUCGGGCUCCCAUGCAGCUCCUGCGGCUGCUGUUGACUCUGGCCGCCGCCGCCGCCGCGGGGCUUGCUGGUUCCUCGUGUGCGCGCUCGUCGGGGACAGCCUCCGCCAAGGUGCGUCGCGCUCACGCGCGUGUGCACGCGUACUUGACAACAGGUGAGCUGCGGACUGGCAGCUGCGAGGUGCUGACGCUGGAGCGCGACGGCAGCCACCCCAGACGAAGCGUCGCCCGGCAGACGGCUCGCUGCGCUUGCGUCCCGGGACGAAUGGCCGGCACCACCCGGGGCCGGCCCGCCUGCGUGCACGCUGGCAUCGUGCUGAGUCGUCAGUGGUGCGAGAUGAGUCCGUGCCUGGACGACGAGGGCUGCCAAGCGCUCGUCGAUGGCUCGGGAUGGAGCUGCGCGCAACCGGGGGGGCGGGUCAAGACCACCACGGUCUCCUGACAGUGGCGACAACGGGACAGAAACUCCCAUCGUGCAUCUCGAGAGCUGAGCCAAGACAAGCCAGUCGCCACGUUGGACUCAACUUGCCUUUUGGAGAGAAUUUCGACUUGGCGACUCAAGAGGACACGUCGCGAUAUCUGGAAAGUGCCGAAUAAAUCAUGUCGACAACUUUUAA